AAUUCGUUAAAUUCUUUGCGCUACACAAAAAAACAGUUGCUCCGAAAUAACAUAGAUGUCGCUAGAAUCGAUUUUAAAUCGCAUUGUUUCCAUGGCAACCAAACAAUAACAAACAAGGGAAGUUUGAAAGCUAAAAGGGCAAAACCUUCAAACAAACAGUACACAAAACAUUCAGAAGGUAAAAAGUAUCAUGAAACUGUUCAGUUUCUACAGCAAAUCGGUUUACAUUCAAUAUCGCAAUCAGCUAUGCUCCACGACGACAAUCGUCGUGUGUGCACUGACGGUGGCCGCGUUCUUCGCACCAUACUAUUUGCUGUCGUGCAUCAAGCAAGGAGAACUUUGGGACCAGCAGCGCAUUGUGUACGAGCAGCCGAGAAUGAAAUUUCUGUACGAAUAUUUGUUUCUGGCAGAAAUGGAAGAUGUCGACGAACGUUCAUCGACUGUCGUAACAUGCAGCUCAUUCGAAUCGUACAACUCGCUCACGGAACAGCAGCAUUCGUGCAAUGACGUACAGGUGGUUCCCAUUGAUGCGGAUCACGAUCAAGCGCUGGAUCAUCUUUCGGUCGGGAUCAGUUUCAAUCCUCCUAACUUCGCAACACGGUUAUCGUUUUACUCGUUCUACUUCUUCCUAGAAGCGACGGUAUCGUCGCAAUGUUUUUUCGUCGUACCGACGUUUGUUUCGUUGGAAAAAGUUCCGGCACCGAGACGCAAGUUUGAAUCCGGAACAAUCGUGCACCAUGGAUUGAUGAACGCCAAACAGACUGCCGCUCUCCAGUGUCCAUUUUUUAUGCGCCAUCAAAAAUCUCACUUCAGCGAUCGGUACUACCCUAAUGAAAACACGACGCUCGAUGGGUUUCAACCGAGCCGAAUACUCACGCAGAUACAAAGCACUAAUCCGGCAUAUUAUGAAUAUCACACACAACGUACGGACUGGACGAUGGAUGAUUCUGGAUCGAUCCGCAUACAAAUUGAUGUCUCUGUCGAAGCUACAGACAGCCGGGGCAUGGCUUUUCUCUACAAAAAUUCUCUGUGGUGGAAGCUGUGUCAGUUCUGGGGAAGCUAUUUUCCCCUGCUACUCGUCUCACUGUGGCUGACUGAAAAAAUUAAGCAAUAUCUGUUCGAAAACUUCUACCUGCGCGCAGUGGAAAUGAAGCCGUGGAAGGAUAAAUACAAUUAA